AUGGACUUGGCCAAUAUAAAAGCUCACAUGCGUCAUCACUUGUGUUCUCUUCUGGACACAUUCAGCACUGAAGCAGUACUGGUGUAUUGCCAUGACAGGAAAAAUGCAAAGGGACAGGAGUUGUUUGACCAGAUUGUGUAUCAUUUGGACCUUGUGGAAACUGAUUACUUUGGUCUGCAAUUCAUGGAUGCUUCCCAAGUUACACACUGGUUGGAUCAUUCAAAAUUCAUUAAGAAGCAAAUAAAAAUUGGACCUCCGUACACGUUGCAUUUUCGUAUUAAGUACUAUUCAUCAGAACCGAACAACCUUCAUGAAGAGUUUACAAGGUACCUGUUUGUAUUACAACUCCGGCAAGACAUUCUUUCAGGGAAACUGAAAUGCCCGUAUGAAACUGCUGUUGAACUAGCAGCUCUGUGUCUUCAAGCUGAGCUGGGAGAGUGUGAGCACCCUGAGCACACACCAGAGCUUGUGUCUGAAUUCAGGUUUGCACCAAACCAGACUGAAGCGAUGGAAUUUGACAUUUUUCAGAAAUGGAAGGAGUGCAGGGGAAAGAGCCCGGCGCAGGCUGAAUUGUGCUACUUGAACAAAGCUAAAUGGCUAGAAAUGUAUGGUGUAGAUAUGCAUGUAGUUAAGGGAAGAGAUGGUUGCGAAUAUGCUCUUGGACUGACACCAACAGGCAUAUUGAUCUUUGAAGGAGCCAACAAAAUAGGCUUAUUUUUUUGGCCUAAAAUCACAAAAAUGGACUUUAAAAAGAGCAAACUAACACUCGUGGUUGUAGAAGAUGAUGAACAGGGCAGAGAGCAAGAGCACACAUUUGUUUUCCGGUUAGACAGUGCCAAAACGUGCAAACAUUUGUGGAAGUGUGCAGUGGAGCACCAUGCUUUCUUCAGAUUGCGAGCCCCAGCAAAUAGUAAAUCUAGUAGAUCCGACUUCAUAAGGCUGGGAUCACGCUUCAGAUUCAGUGGGCGGACAGAAUAUCAAGCAACACAUGGGACAAGAUUACGCAGAACUAGCACAUUUGAAAGAAGGCCCAGCAAGCGAUAUCCUUCUCGAAGGCAUUCAACCUUUAAGACAAACAAUCCUGUGAAAGCAGCACAACUAUGUGCUAAAAAUACUCCUGAAGUCCAUAACUAUCAGCCACAAUAUCAUCCUAAUAUACAUCCUGCUCAGCCACACUGGCAUCCACACACACCUGUGAAUGUAAGCUAUCCCUUGAACAACAGUGAUCUGCACCAGUUCAACAUUGAGGAGAAUGGUGGAACACCAUAUACCACAAAAAUGCCUGCAAGGCACCACCACCACCACCGUCAUCACCACCACCAUGCGAAUUACAGCGCCCUUGCUCCCGACAGCAAGGACAUUGUUUCUGGAGUUCCAAACCCAACCAAACUGAGCUCAGGACUUCCCCUUCUUUAUGAUGAAACUUCUCAUCUGAAGAAAAUAGAAACAGAGAGUGUGAAGGUAGUUGGACCAUGGCCAGCCCUCCACGUCGGCAUGAACAAGGGUGAAGACAAGAAGGUACCUGAAAAGAUUCUUCAUGCCCCUGUGUCACCUUCAUCUGCACCUGACCAUAUGAAGUGCAACAUCCUCAAAGCUCAAGUGGAAGCUGCUUUUAGAGUAGGUGCCCAGGCUGUGAAAGAAGAGACCUCUUUUGUAAAUCCCAGUAAGACCUCCAGCCUGCAGGACCCUAAUGUAAGAAGUCCAGCUCCAGUGAGACCUGAAACUACACCAUCAACUGGCCCUACAGAAAAGCAGGAGGUUAAAGCUCCUCGUGUGAGGAAGUUAACGAGGCAGUACAGUUUUGAUGAAGACGACCUUCCUCCAGCACUGGCAGCAGCAGCAGCAGCAUCAACACCUGUAUCUUCAGCAUCUCCUGGGUCACAGAAAACAUGUACACCACAGACGUCAGAAGGACAAACACAGGUUUCGCCUGGUGGCAAGAGUUCCACAGAUGCUGGAAGUACAUUUGCUUUGGAGCCAGGUGACCUCCUGAUGGAUUUCACAGAGGCCACACCAAUGAUAAAGACAUUCCCUGCUGAUACAUCUAAUCCUUUUUUCGAUCCUUUUACAACAGUACCACAGUUUUCUGCAGAAUUUGCAGACAGCAAAAUGCAAUGCUGUGCAGUGCAGUCAUCACCCAAGAUAACGCUGGUAACUCCAUCGCCUGUGCUGAGGUCUUUGGCAGAGACUGUACCGACUCCAACAGUCCAGACAGUGUAUACGUCGCAUAAACCGAUUUCGCUGGCAGACAGCGCUGAGACUCUGAGGCGUGAACUUGAGAGAGAGAAAAUGAUGAAAAGACUCUUGAUGACAGAAUUAUGAAAUUCGCACUUCCGUCAGAUGGAGAAUGGAUUGGGGCCUUUCAUGUGCCUUCUGUCUGUUUACAUUCCUCUGCUUCUGUGUACUCAACAUAACGCAUCGGGAAAAUGUGUGAUAUUCCUGGCUCGCCUGGAUUCACCACGGUUGGUUAAAAUUACGUCUCAGCUAGACUUUAAUUUGAAGGAGUUCCUUUAUUCAUUUGCUGCUGGGAAAUAAACCUUCAAUCCUUUAUCUCUCCUGAGAUUUUAUACUAUUAACACAAUUAAUUUCUGGUUUGGUUUUGGUAAAUCUAGGGCAAAAAAGGAUCAGCAAGGAACAUACUGAUUUCUAUUGGGAAACACUGUUCUGUACAUAUGUUAAUAAGUGCACAGAAAUUAAUGUUAUGCAGAAUAUUUUGAUAGUAACAUAGAAAAUAUGUCAUUUUGUACAACUGAAAAUUGCAAUGAGCUACUGCUAUUUGUUAAAGAACCAUUUUUAAAGCAGAAGAAUGAUUAUUACAUCCUAACCCCAGGACUGUUAGUCUCCACAGAAUAAACGGCUGUCUUAUUAAAUUCCUAACCUUAACCUUCACUCAGAGAUAUAAAUAGCUGCAAAGGGGAAAGACACCCCACCAUACAGAUAUACACACCCAAUACUCCCUAUAGUUUGUCAUGUUGACCUAAACCUUCAACUCAAUCUUAACAUAUUUCCAUUAAUGAAAAAAAAAAUCAGUUGUUUAAAGCAAUUUGCUACUGACUUUCUAGCUUGGUACUGACUUUUUUUAAGUAAGUGAGGAGUUUUACCUUCUCCAAUCUGCCUAGGCAUUAGGGCUUGCCCACGCUCAGACAUCUUCUGCCCCAGCACUGAAGGUUGCAGAGCCUCAGCGGCGUGGACGUAACUCACACAGGGAGAAUUUUUUCCCUCCCAGGUAAAUAAACCACCUUCCUGACUGACAUGAAUUGAUCGAUCACUUUAAAGAACAAGAACAAUGACAGUUUACGGCAUAGCUUGCCUAUACCCAUUUUUUUUGCUCUGGUAAUCAGCACAUAUGUCCUGGCAAACCUGUGGAGGGUACACCUGGCUAUAUAUCCCCUUCACCUCUGACACGCAAACAGCCUCUACGUCCAGUGGAGCUAUCUCAGGCAUGAGGUGGGGUGGGUGGUCCAGCACUAGCAGACCUGCAGCCGCAGGGAGGGAGUUUAUGGUAUACAGGUAAUGCUACCAACUAUUUCCUAGGGAAAAAAAAAAAAAAAAAGGAGUUCUCUGUUUCCCCUUGUUCAGUAGUGCAGGGUCAUCUAGAAAACUAACAUCUGACUGUCAGCUAUAAGGUACUCUUUCAACAGGAAAGCUUUUAUGCAUUUUGUAUGGCUGAAGAUGUAUAUUUUUCUGUUGCUCUGUACACUAUGUUCUCUUGUUUGUAUUAAGAUAAAAGAUUGCCCCUCAUUUGGUACUGAUUACGAUGACUUUAUCUUAGCUUAAGCAGUUUGUUUGUGUGGAGGCCAGAAAGUGAUUGCUGUGAGACUGGGUUUCCUUCAGAGUUGCUGUUUUUCUGAAAUGAGAGUUAUGGAGAGCUUCACAGGACUGUGGAUUGCGAUAUGAAGGUAUAAAAUGACUUGCCUAUUUUAUGUUUACUGGGACAAGAAAUUAGCAUUAGGCUUCCCAUUUAAAUCCACCAAACCCAAAACUUUCUGUUUGCCAUAAAUUUGUUAAAAAUACUCAGCACAAGUGUUAGGUAGAAAAUCACAGUACAAAUUUAAUCAAGUGGCUCAACAUAGGCAGUGGGCACAAGGAGCCAUAGAAAGAAUCCUGAACUGCAGAUUUUAGAACACUACAGUGACUUUUCUGGGUAAUCAGAUAUGACUUGUAUGCUGUCCACCCUCUAGUUACAGUGCCAGGACACUUCUGUUCCUCAUGUUUUAAUGCACCACGCCAUCAGUCCAAGGUUCUUAAAAAUUGAUUAGGAACAUUAAAUCCCUGUGAGGAAAUCAGAAGGGAGGGGGGAAUUAAUAGACAUAAAAGACUUCAGCUUCCAUGUCCUGUUACUCUUUUCUCACCACUUCUUAAAGGGGUUGGUGAAGGAAAAGCAGCAGCACAUUUUGCCUUUGUCCAAGGGAGAGUGAGCAUUCUGAAGAACAAAUAAAAGAAAAUUGUAAUUAGAGAUGCUGGUUUGGGAGAGGAAAACAAAGAAGGUUGAGAACAUCACAGUGCUGACUCUAGCUGAAUCUGGUCU